GCUGCGUGGCAGGCAGUGUAAAUUCAGCUAGCAGCGCUGCAGAAUCUUUGGUUCAGACUACCUUACUUGUCAUCUGGGAGUAGGCUAUCCACCUCCUGUAGCGUUAGUCCGUAGUUUGAGAUUUCAUUAUUAUAACUUCACGAGACGCACGCACGCACUGAAGACAGCACGCGCACAACAAUGGCUGACGAUAUGCCGUCUCUGCUCAGCCUGGAGGAAGAGCUCACAUGCAGUAUCUGCUUGUGUACUUUUGAAAACCCCGUCACUCUCCCCUGUGGUCAUAACUUCUGUCAAGGCUGUUUGGAUGAGACCUGGAAAGAAAGUUUCCUCCUAUUCUGCCCUCAGUGCAGGCACCACUACCCUAGCAAGCCCGAGCUAAAGAAAAACACAGUCCUAAGCACUGUUGCUAACACCUUCAAAAUGAAGUCCUCGUCAUCGGGGUCCAUGGAAACACUAGUCACGAUGAAAGAAGCACAAGUUACCAAAUGUGACACAUGCAUGGAAGUGAAAGCAUUUAAAACCUGCCUUACAUGCAUGGCCUCGUUCUGUAUAGAACAUGUGAAGCCGCACGAGGAAAAUCCUAUUUUCCGCGCGCACCAACUGACCGAUCCUUUAGGAGACCUGCAGGAGCGGAUUUGCCAGGACCAUUGCAAGAUCAUGGAGUUCUACUGCAAGAAACAUGAGUGCAGCAUCUGCAGCAACUGCCUGCAGCAGGUGCAUCGAGGUUGCGACUACACCACCCCACAGGACAGACGGACACAGAAAGAGACUGAGAUGAGGGGUAUGUUGAGUCAACUGGAUCGAAAGAUUGAGAAGAACAACAUUGUUAUGGCCCAAAUGAGGCAGCAACAGUUGCAGCUAGAGGAUGAUGCGGUUGCUCGUAAGACUGAGGUGAGCUCAGAGUAUCAGUUCAUAAGGAAUCUGAUCGACAUGGACGAGCGGAAUGCCCUGAAAGCUGUGGAUAAGGACUUGGAGAGUGGUCAGACCAAGCUCCAGUCUCUAUCAAAGAAGUUUGGCCAGAAUGUGGAGAAGAUGAACCAAACCAAAGCAGAGCUCAACGGCCUUCUGUCAAAAGCAGAUUCGUUGUCCUUCCUGCAGGCUUCAGUCCAACUGCCUCCCAAUGCCAAAUUUGACCCCUACUGCCCCCGUAUAAACUUGGACUCCAAAGCUGUGAUGGCCUAUCACUCCUCUGCUGUUGCUGUGAAGGAGCUACUGAAUAAAGUUCUGAGUGCACCAGUAGAAAACCGAAUCUCACUUCUUAAACCAGAUUUUGAGAAACAGGUUCUUGGUGAACCCUGUCAAGAUGGAAAGCGGCCACCAUUCUCUGUCUCACACCCUCCUGUCCCAUUUUUUUAUCUGGGAGGCGGGCCACUCCAAUCACUUACCUGUGCCUCAGGCAGCUGUCAGUUCCCAGAUAUGGCCCCUCUUAUGGGCGUUAUACCAGAUGUGACGCGCAUGCCCCGUGACAUGAAUUUCCCUUCCAGGAACAUCAGAUCACCCAGUCCGGGCGCUCCCCUCAGACCAGGUGGACAGAAAUUGAAACCAGCGCAUUCAAACAAGAAGCCAGAACACACGAAGGGUCAAAAGGACCAAAAGGGAGACAAAUCAGACCGUCAACGUGACAAAGAUCAUGGAAAGAAGCCUUCCAAACCUGCCGGUGGGUUCCCCAAGAACCCAAGUGAAUUCUGUAAAGGUCCACCUGCUAAUGAUGCAGAUACACAAGGUGUGACACUUCCUCGUGAUGUCUCAUCUGCUGUGAAAAGGAAUGACCUCCUUCAAUUUGGCACCGUUCUCAAGCUGGACCCCAAAACGGCCCACAAGCGCAUCGCCCUCACAGAGGACUUCACCAAAGCGUCGGUGGCCGAGGAGCCGUGCCAGUACCCCGACGGACCCCAGCGUUUCGGCGUGUGCUCGCAGGUGCUGUGCGCUAAGGGCUUCGCGCAGGGCCGCCACUACUGGGAGGUGAAGAUGAGCAGCAACAACUUCUGCGGCCUGGGCCUUGCCUACGCCUCGGUCGACCGCAAGGGCCCCAGCAGCCGCCUGGGCCGCAACGCCCAGUCCUGGUGCGUGGAGUGGUUCAACGUCAAGCUGUCGGCGUGGCACAACAGCACCGAGACGGUGCUGCACAACCCCAACCCCAGCCGUGUGGGCGUGCUGCUGGACUGCGACAGCGGCACCGCCACCUUCUACACGAUAGCAGACCGCGCCUACCCCUUCCACACGUUCGUCUUCCCCUUCCAGGAGGCCGUGUACCCAGCCUUCUGGAUCUUCUCGGCCGGCUCGUCCAUCUCUCUGUGCAAGCUGACCGCCUGAGCUCAGGUGAUGGCCUCUCAGUGGGCACUCUCAGUUGUUUGAACGUGCCUCUCUGUGAAGUCAUGGUGCCCUGCUUUAAUGGCUGAUCAUUCAACACAAAAACAUGAAGUAAGCACUUCAAAAAUGUUCAACAGUACACUUAUUCAUGGGGUGAGGGAAUCCGCAUGUGGCAUAUUUAGCAGUCUUGAAUCACAUGAGGAAACUAUUUCCUGCAAAACAAAUGAAUGGGCAGUGUUGGGCUUUUAUUUUGAGAAAAGAAAUUGUGCUAAACAAUAAUAAUCUUCACUGCAAACUUUCAUGCUGCAUUCUAGCACAUGCAUGGUUUCAUGUCAGGCUUAAUGAAAAAGGAAAUAGACUAGUGAAAUCCAGUGUAGUACUUCUUAUGAGUCUACAGCUUCAUCCUGAAUGCACUACAUGUAUAGUAACUUUGCUUCAGCACUUAACAAAAAAUUGUCAUUGUAAUGUAGCCACUGUUAAUAGAUGUUGGUAAAGUUAUGUAACUAAAAUAAUUUAAAAUAAUUGAAUCAGAAAUAUCAGAUGUUUAUCUAUUAUAUCUAAUGAGUGUAUUUAGGUGUUGCCUAUUUUGUCUAAUGAUGUAUAAAUACAUACAUACACACACACACACUACCGGUCAAAAGUUUGGGUCACUUAGAAAUGUCGAUUCCACUCCAUUAUAGAAAGAAUACUAGCUGAGAUCAGUUGCAUUGUUUUAAUCAGGGCAGCAGGUUUCAGAUUACAUUAUGAUCUUACAUAAUUGUAAAAGGGUUCUUAAAUGUUUUCUCAGUUAGCCUUUUAAAAUGAUAGCAGAUUAGUAAACAGCAUGCGCCUUUGGAUGAAUGGUUGCUGAUAUUGGUCAAUAUUAUUAUAUUAAAGAUCAGCCAUUUCUUUCUACAACAGACGAGAACCCUUUUGCAAUUAUGUAAGCAGUGCACAUAAUGUAAUCUGAGAACUGCUUCCCUGAUUAAAAAACAAUGCAACUGAUCUCCGCUGGUAUUCUGUCUAUAAUGGAGUGGAAUGGAAAUUUCUAAGUGACCCCAAACUUUUGACCAGUAGAUUUAGAAAAAUUGAUUUGGAGCCCUAAUUUAAACACUGGGCAAAGUGCAGUCAGUCAGUUAGUUAGUGAGCAAAGUGUCUUGUGCAUGAACUAAAGCUAUUAUUUGGCAGUGCCUUAGUUAGUGCUUUGACCCAACAAUGUUAUGCUUUGGAUCUUGAUAAUGGUAUUAGAUUAGAAAAUAGAUGUUGCCUGGUUAUUAAAUUAGCUUUUGUAAGACCAUUGAAAUGAGAGCAAAGUGCUGGGUGUUGAGUAGCAGGAUAUAAAGUCUUUAGAUGCAUCAGAAGAACUGUCUUUGAGCACAUAAAUCUGUUCUCUAGCCCAGUAUUGACAGUUGGCUGUUCUAGUCUAGUCAUUUUAGGGUGCUCCAAUUACAAGUUCUGCGCUUAAUGCAAGGAAGCGUUUUGUCAUCUACAGUAGCUAGAUUGGCACACAGAGAGCUUAUUUUGUCUUUGAAGCAGAUGUGCUAAAGCCAGAGACCUAAUAACUAUUGGUCUCUUCAGGAUAUUACUGUGGCCAUCUGUGUGCAGAAGCAGGGGUGUGUUUCCCAAAACCAUAGCAGCUAACCUGUUAGCAACUUAGUUGGCUGGCAAUGGGAAAUUGCAUUGCAACCAACAAGGUUGUUAACUUAGUUAGCAACUAUGGUUUUGGGAAACGCACCCCAGAACGGCAUCCCUGACAUCCAGCGUGCCUCCAAAAGUGAUGCGUUGAUCACCUUCCUGUGUGGACCCUGGAUGCGUUUCCCAGAAGUGUUAUUCUAUGAGAGUGACUCUUAACUCCCUGUUGAGGGUUUUUUUUAAACUCCCUGUGCUUUUGGAAGUGAGGGAAACGAGGCACCUGAUUAACACCGUCCUUGUCAGUUGAGAUGUGCUGGUGUGCACAGCUGUGCGGUAGCCAGCGGAAAAAUCGAAUUCUUGUGUCGAUGUCUUGGUGAUGGCUUGACCCUUUAUUCUCGUUCAGCUGUACAUGUGGGGGGCUAGUCUCCCAUUAUUCCACACACAGCUGGACAGAGGCUGAGUAAAAUAAUCAGGACAAAUAGCUUAAAUAAUAAAGAGUUGUUGGAUUAGUUUUAUUUGAUGUUUGUCUUGUUCUGAGGGCCAGUUACACCAUGCAGGUACAAGGUCUGUCUACUCAUGUGACCCUGUUCCACAGUGGCUGAUACGUUUCCUUUAGGACAGCCACUGGCAUCAAACAUGGAUGUGAUUUGGGGCGGAUCACUCUUGAAAUCAGACAUGGAUGUUAUUUGGGGCGGAUCACUCUUGAGAUCAAACCUGGGUGUUCUUUGGGACGGAUCACUCUUGAGGUUAUGCCAGUCUUCACUGCUCUGAGUUCUGUCAGUGGGCCAGGUUAGCUCCUUCGCCUGUUUCCAUUUAUAGCCAGCCUGUAUACAGAUCAGCCAUUUUAAACAUGCCAUCGGUACACUUCCUCAAAUGUGACUGCUGUUUUCUGUGGUAAGACCUCAGCUGUUUCUGCACUUACUGAUUAAAAAAAAAAAAAACACCACAUAAAGUUUACUGCCAAGAACAGUGAGUGGUUUUGUCCAGUAGUACUGUGUUUGGCUCUGGCUGAUCUGACAGGCCUGCUUACAGGAGAGGAGACUGCAGCAUGUGGGCAGUUGGAUUUCCUGUGGUCACAAGAUCGCUCAUGUUUGCUACCGUUUCUUAUUCAGUAGAUCAGAUUCUUGUACAACAAAUGGAAUGCAAACAAAUAAAGCUGUGUGCGAAAGAGUACACAAAUUGAGAAAGGUUUGUUCUACUCUUGUGCACUUGUUUUCCUGUCUUACAUGAACGGGUGCACUCACAUUGUGGUUUUGAAUAACUUGGUGCUGCAACUGAACAGCAACACAUUGAAUAGCUUGGUGUUGCAACACAUGGUUAAGCAGCUUCUGUGGGCUUAUUCAUGUAAGGAUUGAUUUGUUAUUCAUGUGAAGGUCUAAAACGGCCGAGAGGGUGCGUCUGAUGUCCACAGUGCAACCAAGGCUUUGAUGCUCUUCUGUGUAACACGAUCAGUUUCACAGUUCAUACUUGUUCAGUGAGUCCAGAUUCGCUAGCUUGUCAUUUGCGUGCAUCCACACACACACAGGCACACACACACACAUCUGCUUUUCUUCAGUGAGAUGAAGAUUGUACAGCAUGUGUGUGUAUAUGAAAAUGUGUUUUGAUUAGUUCCCAAAAUGUGCAUCAUUUCUGACAUUCAUCUUAAACGUACCAAAUAUAUGAUCAUUUACACUGUUGAAACUAUCAUACCUGUGAAAUCCAUACCUUUUUAAAUACUGUGAUGUACACCUGUCUUUGUUCACAAUAGUACUAGAAUGACCACUGACCCUUGGCUCUGUCUGUUCAUUCUUCACUUCUAAAUCUGUUGCAGUUGGGUAUGUAACCAUUAUAGCUGAGAAAUUGUCUACGUAGUUAAACUAUGGUCAUGUAAUUUUAUCGUGUAACUAUUAGAUUGCUUCCUCCAAAGUAAUUGCAGUAAUAAAAACGUCUUGUCUUGUCUAAAUGUUAGUGUUAAAUAAAGGGUGAAACCGUC